AUGAAUAAUGAAAUCGAAAUAUACAUAAAAAAUAAAAUCAUAGGCAUGUUAAAUAUUCAUGACCAUGUCUUAGAAGAGUGUUUAAAAGAUACAAAGAACAAGAACAAUUUUAUAUAUUUCCUUUCAUCUUCUCCCAUAAAUACCACCCUUUUCUUUGUCUUACAUAAAUAUACACACGAAGAAUGUGAGAUAGACAAAGAAUUAAAUAUCAACCCUAAUGACGACACAAAAAACAUUCUCACAAAAGAUGAACAAACUCAAAAUAAAAAAGAUAAACACAAUCAAGAUGAUGUGGAAGAUGUAGAUUCGGAUAAUAAAAAAGAAGAAGAACAAAAUAUAAAAAAUGACUUAUUAGAAGAUAAUGAUGUAACAUACACAAACCAUAUAAAUAAAAGUAAUAAUGUAGCAAAGGAGAAUAUUAAACAAGAAGAUGAGAGCAAUACAUUGGAUAUUCACACAAAUAAUAAUGAUAAAGAAGAAUUAAAAAAUAAGAAAAAAGAAAUGAAAUAUAUAUUAAAAAUGAGCAUUAAUAAUGCAUGUAUAGAUGAAUAUAUAGAAGAAGAAAAUGAAAUAUAUGAUAACAAUAAUAAUCAUGUUGGAAAAAAAAAAAAAAAAAAAAAUAUAUAUAAACAAGUCAUAUAUUUUUUAAAAAUUAAUGAUAAAAAAAUUAACAAUAUAAAUAUAGAAGAAUAUUUUAAUAAGACAUACACUUUUGGAAAUCUUCAUCCUAAUUAUAUCAAUAAUUUUAAAACAUUUUUCAAAAUAUUUUUUAUUCCAUUUUUUCAAUGUUUAUUAAAAAAAAACAAUUCGCUUGAAUAUUUCACAAAUGAUAUUGAGCAAAAUGAAAAAAUUGAAAAUAUUUUAAUGAAGCUAAAAAAUAUAAAAAAAAAGGAAGACCUCAAUAAUAAUUAUUAUGAAGAAUAUCAAAAUAAAUAUUUAAAUUUUAUUGAGAAAAGUAAAUAUUCAGGGAGACAAUAUGAUGAACUAAUAAAUGAAGCUCCUGAAAAUGGCUUGUUCCUAUCUCACCAAGGAAAUAGCAUUCAAAAAGUAGAUAUAAAUCAAAACGAAAAAGAAAAAAUAUAUAAAUAUGAACACGAAAUUACAAAUAUAUAUAAAGAUAAAGAUAAAAAUAUAAAUGUAUAUACAAAUACAAACACAAACAUAGAUAUAGAUAUAUAUAAUAAAGAACCUCCUUAUCAUCAAUACCAAGAUAUACAUCCAUAUAAUUAUAAUAAAAAGUACUUGUUGAACUCCUUUUUCUACCUAUUAAAUUAUUACAAACAAAUAAUAAAAUUGGAACAAUUUACUCACAAUGAAAUUGUAGGAGAUAUAAUAAAACUUAAAGAUGAUCAAGAUAACAUUGACAAAUAUUUAAAAAAUAUUUGUCAAAUAAUUAAAGAAUUUCUAUUAAAAGAAAAAAAAAAUGAUAAGAAAAGGAAAAAUGAUAAAACAAGAGUUGAAUACUGGAAAGAAAGAUAUCAUCGUAUUUAUAAUGUACAUGAACAAAUUAAUAGUAAAAAAUUCGAACAAAUCUUAGAUAACCUUAAAGGAAAAAAUUAUAAUAAAGAAUUAUGUAAUGAAAUUAAAUUAAUACUUUUAGAUAUAGAUAAUAUACAUAUGGAAUCUUUUGAAAUGAUCAAGUUUAGUAAAUUAUUAGAAACCUCAUUCGAAAAAUUAAAACAUAUACAUAUAGAUCAUAUGAAAAAUGGAAUUAAAUUAGUUAUAAAAAAAAUUAAAAAUAUAUGGUUAAGUUCUAAAUAUUUUCGUAAAGAAGAUAUUAUUAUUGCCUUCUUUCUAAGAUUAUCAAAUAUUAUAUUUGAUUUAAUAUUAUAUAUUUCGAUUAAAGUGAAAAAAUUAAAUAAACCAAAAAAAAUUAAAAAAAUUAUUUCCAAAUGUAUAGAUAUCUUAAAAUUCUAUGAAAAAGAAUUUAUAUAUGUUAAAUUAGAUAUAGAAAUUAUUGAUAUAAGAAAAAAUUGGUAUUUUGAUAAAUACAUUAUCUUUAAAGAUAUUAGACAUCUACAACAUAUUCUAGCUACAUUAUAUACUGUCUAUUCAGAAAUCAUAUAUUUCACUGAUCUAUGUUUAUUAAAAUUAAAAAAACUAGUAAAUAAUAAAAAAAUUAUGAAUAAUAUUAUCAUAGAAAUAAAUAAAUUAUAUCAACCGUUCAGUGAUCUAUUAAAAAAUAUUUACCUUUAUGACGAUGAACGUAUUAUGAUAUUAAUGAAAAAAUUAAAUGAACAAUGCUUAAAAAUAGAAAAAAAAUGUAUCAAAAUUAUAUAUAUUCAAUUUUCUAAUUUGAGAAAUACAACUUGCACCUAUUUAUUGGUUGAAAAGUUUCAAAAUCUAAAAAAGAGUUAUAAAAUAGAUAGACUAUUAAUCAAAAAAUUAUAUGAUAUUUUGUUUUUAUAUAAGAAGGAAUUAUAUCAUUAUAUGAAUCUAUUCAACAAUAUUGAAAAUGUCAAAAAUAUGUAUAAUAUCAAAAAUAUGUAUAACAUGAAAAGUAUGGACAAUACAAAAGGCAUACAUAAAAAUAAAAGCGGAGAUUAUAAUAUAAAAGGUGUAAAUAAUACAAAGGAUAUAAACCAUGCUUCUAAUAUUCAAACUAAUUAUAAUAAUGUUCAUUAUAAUGAAAUGGGAUGUGAUAAUAUAUAUAAAAAAAUACUCUUUUGCCUUAAUAUAUACAAAAAAAUAAAAAAACCAAUUUUAAUAUUUAAAACGAAUACAUAUAUUACAUCAUCAAAUGAAUAUAAAAUAAUAAUAAAAUUAUAUGUUAACUUUUGUAAAAAAAUGUUUUCAUAUAUUGUAGAAAAUUAUUUUAUGUGGAAAAAUAAUUCCCUUUCUCAAAUGAAUAAAAUAUUAUCAUCAAAUAUAAUAAGCAUAAAUAAACAAUUGAGCUUUUAUUAUAUAAUUAAUUUUAAUCCGAAUUUUUUUAAAACCUUAUAUGAAUAUAUAUAUAUAGAAUCAAUAUAUGAUUUCAACACACCUAUAGAAAUAUUAAAUAUAUAUUAUUUUAAAAAAAAACUAUAUAGAUAUUUAUAUGAAUUAAAUGAAAUUAUCUUAUUUUAUAAAAAUUUUACAAAAAACACUUCUAUAAUUCAACAAAAAGUUCUGAUAAAAUUCUUUCAAUGUUUUGAGCAAAAAUUAAUUUAUAUUUCAAAUAAUAUUAAUUGGUUAAAUUUAAAUAUUGAUCAUUAUAUAAAUGAUUUAAAUAAUUGUAAGAGUGUUAUAGAAAAUGUACAUUUGUCAUUAUCUUAUUCAUUAAAUAGUAUAGACAAAAUAAUAUUUAAUAUGCAGAAUAUUAAUGUAGUAAAAUAUAUUGAUUGGAAUUGUAUGAAACCAUUACAUAUACAACCAUUUUUUAAUUAUUUUGAACAAUAUCGAAUAAAUCAAGUUACCAAAAUUAUUCAAAAAUAUCGUGAAAUAUCACAUAUACUUAUAAAAAUUGAACAAAUUGUAGAAAAAACAAAAAAUGGUAGAAGUGAUAUAAUGGACGAAUUAUAUUAUUUAUAUCAAUGUAAAAUAUAUAAAUCAUUAAGUCUAAUUAUUAUAAAAGGAUUAUGUACAUAUGAAACAUUGAUUGAAAAUAAUUUCCAAAAAAUUAAAUUUUUACAUAAUUAUUAUAAACCAUCAUUAUAUAUAAAAGAAGAUAUAUAUUCUGAUGUAUUCUUAAAUAAUUCUAUACAAAAUAUAUUUAAAUUAAUAUCCAAACUUUUAACGAAUUUAUUAUUAUCAUCAUCAGAAUUUAUUAGAUGGCUAGAUUAUUCAUGUAUUGAAGUUCCUAUAUCACUUAAAGAAGAUUUCGAUGUUUUUAAAAUGAAAUUCUCAUUUUAUCAAAGUGUUAGUAAAAAUAAAAUUAUAAUCGAUAGAAUAAUACAUAUUCAUCAACUCAUACAAAAUGUCUUCCAAAAAGCAAAUAAAUAUAUUUAUAGCUUCCUAAAAUAUGAUAAUAUUAUUAAUACAAUUAUUAAAACACAAACCAAUUUUAAUAAAAACCAAAAACAUAAUACAUAUCCUUUAAUAUAUUAUGAUAAUGUACUCAAAACUAUUACAAAUAUACAAAAUAAAAUACACAAAGAAAAAGACAAAAAAAAUAUUCAAUUUAUAUCACUUAAUAUUUCAUUUGUUCUUAAUUCUAUCAAAACCAAAUUAAAUCAUUCAAAGAAAUUCUUUUUUAACAAUCUCCAUUUUAUAUUUACAACACUUAAAUGUUCUACCCUGAGCGAAAUAACAAAAUAUAGCGCCAUCCUCAAAACUUCUUCAAAUUCAAUGGACAAAUAUGAAAACAUCAUAAAAACAAUUAACACAAUAAAAUCAGAAAACAUCAACAUAGAAAUAAAUAUUCAAAAAACAGAAGAAAUAUAUAACAUUUUAACAAUAUAUCAAGAUAAUCAUAUAAAAGAUGAACAAAAAGAUAAACUAUUUUCUUUAUAUCCAUUAUAUUUAAAUAUGCUCAAUUUGGCCUUCUUUAAUGACAACCUCAUGUUUGCCAUAAAACAAGAAUUCUACAAAAACACAAAGGAAAAGAUUAUCCUAUUUGAAGAAAAAGUAAAAAAUAUUUUAGAAAUGUUCCAUUCAUCUGGACCAUCAUCACAAAAUAUAGAUUUAAAUGAAGGAAUGGAAAUCCUUAAAAAAUACAUCAACAAUUUUAAAGAACUAGAAAUUGAAAAGGAGGAAAUUAUAAAAGCUCAAAUUUUAUGUAAUAUGAAAAUAUUACUUUUCGAAAAUUUUUAUUUACUAAAAAAUACUAUCAAAAUAUAUAAUUCCAUUUAUUCAAUAUAUAAUUCUUAUAAUACACGAAUCAACGAUUUUCUUGACGUUAUAUAUUACAAGCUUAAUAUAAAAGAAAUAAAUAAAUCUCUUACGGAAGUAAAAAAUGAGUUGACAGAAUUACAGAAAAAUCAAGAAGAAGCCAAAAAUAUAUUGGCAUUUAAAAAAAUUAAAGAAGAAUUAUACAAAAUGAACAUCAUAUUGACAAUUGUCUUUUUGUUACAAAACACAAAUAUGAAAUUAUCAAAUUGGAAAGAAAUAAUAAAUCUUCAUUUAAAUAGAAAACAAAUAAAAAAUAAAACCAUAUUAGAAAAUACAAUAAUAAUUAAUGAUAAAACUAUAAAUAUAAAAUCUAUAACAUUAUAUGAUAUGCAACAACUUCAAAUAUAUCUAUACUUUAACGACAUCAAAUAUAUCAUAUACAAAAUUAAGGAAGUAGAAAAACUAGAAAAAAAUCUUAACGAUAUUGAAAAUAAUUGGAAACAAGAAUCUUUAAAAAUAAAAAAAUAUAAUGAUUACAUACUCCUUGAAGAUAAUAAUCAUAUAUUCAUAAAUAUUAAAAAUACAUUUAAUAAUUUACAUUUUAUGAGAAAUAUACGCUUUGCUCAAGAUCUAAUACCCAAAAUAAAUUAUAUACAAAAUAAGCUCCUUUUUAUAUAUGAACUCUUAUCUUUAUGGAUCAAUACACAAGAUAUAUGGCUUCGUCUGGAAAAUUUCUUCCAGAACGAAAAUUUUAACCACUUCAGCAACGAAUUAAAAAAUUUCAACAAAAUAAACAAAACAUACAUAGAAAUAAUGAAAAGUGUAAAAAAAAAUUUGAAUUUAUUUCAAAACUGUAACACUCAUUUCUUCUAUCUUUUGAAAAAUUAUAAUGAAAGCUUAUUAUUUUUAUACAAUGAAACUAUAAAUAUUCUACAAGACAAAAAAUUUACAUUCCCAGACUUCUUUUUUUUGACUGAUCAAGAAUUGUUUGAUCUUUUAUCUAAUAGCGACACAGAAACAUUAAAAAAAUAUUGCCAUAUAAUUUAUCAAGACCUUUUAACUUUUAACGAUAUAGAUAAAACGAUUAUUGAAGUUGUUACAACAAAAAAUAAUAACUUCAAUUUAAAAAAUGGCAUUAAAAUAAAUGGAAUUGAUACAUACUUUAUGUUAAAAGAAAUGAUAAAAAGUUCUUUGAAAGAAAAUAUAAUGACAAGUCUGAAAAAUUAUUACAACAACAACAUCAUUUUAAACAUAAUUAUUAACGACAUAUCCAUAGUCUCAUGUGUAGUAAUAAAAGUUAUAUUAACAGAGGAAGUUAAAGAAAUUAUGCAAAGAAAAAAUCUUGAAUAUACCCAAAGUGUGCUAAAUAAAUAUAAGGACAUGUUGGACAAUUUAAUUAAUGAACUAAAAAAUAUGAAAGGGAAAGAUAUACAAAAGACAGAAUAUUGUAUCAUAAUAUUUUUAGAAUUUAUAGAAUUUCUAAAAAAAAUAAUCCAAGAAAAUAUUCUCGAUGAAAAUCAUUUUUUCAUUUACUAUCAAUUCAAAUAUGUUCUAAAUAAAAAUAAGGAAGAAAUAUUAGUAACAUACGGAAAUUAUACCUUUAAAUAUAACUAUGAUAUAUUAGAAAAUGAUAAUAUGUUCAUCAAUCUAAUACCAAAUAAUAAAUAUAUAUUUACGAUAUGCUCAAAUAUAUACAAGUCUUACUAUAACAUGAUUAAAGGAAAAAACAAAAAAUCAACUAUAAAAUAUAUAACUUCAUCAUUGGGGUUAAGGACGCAUUAUAUUAAUGCACACACAAAUGAUAUACUACAAAAUAAUAUAUUGGGAUCUAUUCAACAAGGUUAUGCCUUAGUUAUACAAAAUGUGGAUAAUUUCAAUAUUGAAACCCUGUCAGUUUUAACAAAUAUUUUUAGAAUAAUACAGACAUGCUUAAAAAAAAAGGAAAAAAACAUUUACAUUUUUAAUAAAGAUAUCAUAUUUGAUCAUAGCUCCGUAAUAUUUUUCACAUACAAAUAUGGAAGAAAUAUUCCCAUAAAUUUUAAAAAUAUGUGUAAAGAAGUACUCUUAAAUAAUUAUCAAGAAAUCGAACUCCUAUAUAUAUAUAUGUACUUAAACAAUUUUACAAAUAUUCAAAGUCUUUCUAUAACACUAUGGAAUUUUAUGGAGUAUAUAAAUUUUACCUUUUUCAAUUCCAAAAAUAAUAUGUUAAUGGAUUCAAUUAAUAUAAUAAAAUUAUGUAAAAACCAAAAAGAAGAAUAUACAAAAGAUCAAAUGUUAGCUCAGCAUAUAUUUAUUUAUUAUUAUAAUAAACUGGAGAAUGCUAAUCCUAACAAAUUAAAGAGUUUAAUAAAAACAUUCUUCAAUAUAGAAAUUGAUAAAAGAUUAUUCUUUGAGGAUCAAGCUAAUCGUUUAAAGGAGGAGUUACAAAAAGAAUAUAUAUUUUUAAAAGAUGAUUUGUUUUAUAAAUAUCAAGAAGAUAUAUAUAUAUUAAAUGAAAAAUUAAAUAAUGAUUUUAUCUCAAUAUUAUACGGAAAUCCAUUCAUAGGAAAAUCAACAAUGUUAAGGAUAUAUAACACUCUAUAUAAUUAUAAACACAAAUUUAUAUAUUUAGACGCCCUAUAUGAUUCACAAAAUAAUUUGAACGAACAAUUUUUAUAUGAAAUUAUUAAAAAGAAAAAAGAUAAAUAUGAAACAUACAAUUUUAUAAUAAAAGUAAAUAGUAUUAAUUCAUAUAUAUAUCACACAUUGUCUUCAAUUAAUUUAUAUUCAUCAAAAAUUAAAAAACGUGAUGAGAAUGAUAUAAAGUGUAAAAUUAUAAUUGAGUGUAAUAACAUUUCCUGCAUGGAUCCUUAUAUGCUUAACAAAACGAAUAAAGUCUAUAUACAAGACAAUAUAAACAUUUACAAUUAUUUUAAAAACAGAAGUUAUUAUAUAUUAAAUUAUAUACUAAAUAUUAACUUGUCUGAUGAAAAAAACGUAGAAGAUAAUAAAAAUUGUAUUAAUUAUAAAAAUUAUUAUCUAGAGAGAAAAAAUAUUCUUCUUCAAAUAUACGAAGAGUUUAAAGCAUUCUACAAAAAAUUUAUGAUACCAAUUUUUGAUUAUAUAGAUAAAAAGAAAAAAAAAAAAAGACCAUACAUAUAUUCAAACAAUAAUAAUAAUAAUAAUAAUAAUAGUAGUAGUACUAUUAAUCAUUUUUAUAAAUAUAGUAAUAUAUAUAAUGAGGAUGAUGUGAAAAAAACAAAACAAAAUGGGAAUCCAAAAGACAACUCAAUAAUAUUCAAUUCAUCCAUACUACAACUUACCUUUGAUAAUAAAAUUAUCAUAAAUAAUUUCAUAGAUAUAUUUAAAAGUAAUAUAUUGUACUUUUUAAAAUAUAAAGACGAAGAAUAUGAAGAAACACAAAAAAAUAAUAAUAUAACUAAUAUAAAAGAAUUCGAUGAUAAUAAAUCAAGUUAUCAAUAUAUUUAUGAUAAUGAUCAUAAACAACAACAAUGUGAUUUAGAAAACCUAGACAAAAAUUAUAUAGAAAAUAUUUGUAUAAUACAGGCAGACCAAGAAAAUAAUAAAAAAGUAGAAUUAUAUAAUAAACAGGAAAUUUACAAAAUAGUUAUAAUUAAAGAAAACAUUCAUUCUAUAUUAAUCAGUUGUCUUAUCUUCCUUUUUAAUAAUUUCUUAAAUGAACAUGAAAAAUAUAAUUUCUUUCAUUUCCUAACAAAUUUAUGUAUACAUAAUAAGAUUAAUGUUGAUAAUAAUAUAACAAAUAAAUACUAUAAUAUACAAAAGGGAAUAUGGAUUACCAUAAGUAGUUACUUCAACAUCUCUACUACUAACCAAUUUAAUAACGAAAGCUUAAUAUUUUACGACGAAGAAAUAAAGAAAAAAAUUAAUUCAAUCAGUUUAUUAUAUCAAGGAGAAUGUAAUAUAUGUUUAAUAGGAAAGACAAAAAAUUGUAAGACUGUUAUUCUUAACGAAAUAAUUGACAAACAUAAAAAAAUUAAUCACAUAACCAUAAAUGUGUUAAAAUAUACCAAUGUUUUAAAUUAUAAAAUUUUACAUGAUAAAUUAAUCAAAAAAAAUAUUAAAAAGUAUUUUCAUCAAUCAUUGUUAUAUAUAUGUAUAGACGACAUACACAUAAAUUAUGAUAAACAAAUCAACCCUUCUAUAGAGUUUCUUCAAAAUCUUCAAAGAAAUUUAUGCUAUUUCGAAAAUAAAACCCUUGAUAUAGAAAAUAUAAGAAGCAUUAUUUCGUUACACUAUGAUCACAUAAAUGAACAUGAUUAUUAUCAAAACAUGUCAUAUUAUUAUUCCCUCAUAUUCUUAAAUACAGAUAGAAAAUCUCUACUUACAUAUUUUAAUGCAUUGAUUAAUCAUACACUCAACAAUAAAUAUGAAACAAUACAUAAUAAACUAGUUAAUUACAGCAUAGACGUAUUCUGGAAGAUACACGAAGAAAUUAAUUUUAAACAGAAAAAAGAAAACCAUUUGAUAUUUACCAAAGAAAAUAUUUUCUUGUUAUAUGAAGAUUUAUUGUAUUGUAAAACUAACUAUAUAAAUGAGCAGGAUGUCAUAACAAACUGGUGCGAGGCUUCUAAAAAUAUUAUUCUAAAUAGGAUCCUAAGAAAGGAGAAUAAAAAGCAAAUUAUGAUAUUACUCAAAGAUAUUGAAGAGAAAUACUUUACAAACAUAGAAAAGAAUAAUUCAUCAGUAUAUAUAAACUAUUUCUCAAAAGAGACUUAUGAACAUGUAGAAAGAAACACCCUUAAAGAGGAAUUUUUAAGAAGCCUUAGUAGUUAUCAUAAUUUAUAUAUGAACACAAAUGUAUUUGUUGAAUUUUAUUUCGAAACAAUCAUAGAACUUUAUAAGAAAAUAAGUAAAAAUUAUAAAACGUCUAUGAUCAUAUGUAUGAAUAAAAAGAGAGCUGUCAUUCUAUUAAGUGCUGUAGCAUAUAUAUUAAAUAUAAAUACCAUAAUAGUAAAUAAAACAAGCAUACAAGAAAAUGUACAAGAUAAAAUUAAUUAUUAUAAUAGAUUACGCUUUCAAAAAAAUCUUUUUAUUCUAAUUAAUUUUACAAAUAAAUAUUAUGAUUAUUUCUAUUCCUUAAUUUAUAAAACAUUCCCUCCUCUUCUUUUUGAAAAAAAAGAGCUCUUUCAAAUGUAUACAAAAACGGGUCUCAUAUCAAACGAGUUGAAGUGGGAAAAUAUAAAAACGAUAAUGAAAAAUAAUACUUAUGCUUGUCUUAUACAUGAAAAACGAUUCGAUUUGUACACAUCCAAUUUUCAAAUUUAUAAAAAUAUUUAUAACGACAUUCAUAUUAUACAUAUAGACAGCUGGGAUAAGGAAGAAUAUAUUAAUUACUGCAAUCUGUUUUUAAAAAAUAUACACGACAAUCAUUUUAUAGAUAAUAUAUUAAACACUUUUAAAAAAAAAGUAAUACUCAACACAUUAGAAGACGAUAGUGAACACAACACAAAACCAAUAUCUAUAAAAAAAAAAGAUAAUAAGGAAAAAAACAAAACGAUUUUUAUUAAUUCGGUUGAUUAUAUCAAAAAUAAAAACGAAGAAAAUGAAACAAAUGAAAAAAAAAAAAAAAACAACAAUGAAAAUAAACAAAAUAAAGAUAAUAUAGAUGAGAAGAAUAAAAAUAACCAAACAGAAAAAAUAAAAGAUCCAAAAUUAAAUCUACAAAAUGAAGAAAAUAAUAAUAAUAAUAAUACACAAGAUAAUGUACACAAUAAUAUUAUUAUUAAUAAUAAUAAUAUUAAUAAUUAUGAUGAACAUAUAAAACAAAACAAUCAUUAUAAUUUAUAUCCUACAAAUAAAAAAACACAUAAUGAACAAAAUAAAAAUAGUCAAGGAAAAGGGGAAGAAACACAAAACAUUAAUCAAAAUGAAAACAAAAACAAAAUUAAAAAUAGUACAAACAAAAAAAAAAAAAAGAAAAAUCAAACACAGAAAAUAUUUUCUCAAAAUAAAAAUGUAAAACAAGAAAAUGUACCAAUUCCUCAAAAUCAUAAUACCCAUGGAAUACAACAUAAGCGAAUUCAUGAUACACUUAAUAGUAAGGAGAAGAAAGAAAAAAAAAACAAACAAAAAAUUAUAAAUACAAAUAAUAAUGAUAAAAAUGAACCAGCUGAUACAAACAUUAAAGAUAAUUCAAAUAAUACAAUAAAAAAUGUAAAACUUAAUACAAUACAAAAAAAAAACCAUACCAAACAAAGUAUCAAAAAUAUAAAAAAAGAAAGUAAUACCAUACAAGAACAAAAUAAAAAAAUAAAGAAAACUCAAAUGAAAGAAAACAUGAACACAAAUGAACAAAAUGUAAAGCAUACUAAACAAAAAAUAGGUAAUCAAAAUAAUAAGUCAAAAGCAAAAGAAAAAGAAAAAACAAACAAAAUAACCAAUAUAAAAAAAGCUAAUAAAAAUGAUAAGUAUAAUAUAAUCAUGUCAUCUAGCCAUGAUGAAGAUAAUACAAAACAAGAACUACAAAAGCAUGAUCAAAUUAUAAAUCAAGAAUUAGAAUGUAACCAAAAAAAUGUUCAACAACCAACUUGUGAAGUACAAAAUAAAUUACAUAAUGUAGAUAAUGAACAGGAUAAAAAACAAGCUCCAUUAAAUAAAAUAAAUGAACAAAAUGAAAUAGCGAAUAACCAAGAUAUAAUAGAAAAUAUGGACAAUUCAAAGAAUAUAAAUGAAGCCAAACUUUUGAAUAAUAAAACAAUGAACCUACAAAAUGGUGAUCAUAAUAAAAUCAAACAUAUAACAGGUACUGAAGAGUGCAAAAAAAUGGAAAAAAGUAAUAAUAAUAAUAAUGAUGAUCACAAUAAUGAUCACAAUAAUGAUCACAAUAAUGAUCACAAUAAUGAUCACAAUAAUGAUCAUAAUAAUGAUCAUGGUAAUAAUUGUAAUAGUAUCCAUCAUAUACAUAAUAAUGACAAAUUAUUGAACCAAAGCAACAAUUAUAUUAAGGACAAACAACAUAAAAACACAACUUUUUAUAUGAUCGAAAAACAAAAGGAUAAUAUUAUUAAUACAUGCAUUCAAGUGUAUUAUCAUAUGAAAACCUUUAUUCAUAGGAAUAAAAAAACUAACUGUAUAAGAAUAAACAAAUGUAAUUUUAUAGACACUUUAAUUAUGUUCUACAUUUUAUUAAAAAACAAAUUAAAUUAUAAAAACAAACAAUUAUAUAUGUUUAAAAUGGGACUAAAAAAAAUUGAAGAUAUCUUCCAAAAUUAUAAUAAUAUAAAAAGAGAAAUCGAAAAUAUUACUUCAUCCAUAUUACAAAUGAAUAAGAGUAUAAAGUUAUUAAAUGAAGAUAUUGAGAAAAAUUCCUUAAAUCAUAUUCAAUUAGAAGAAACAUUAAAUUCAAAUAAAAAAAUAUUAAAUAAAAUUACAAAUGAUAUAGAUGAAAUGAUGGAAAAAAAAAAUGAAUCUGAAAAAUUAAUUGAAGAAGAAUGUAUUAAUAUAAUUUUUAAAAUACAGAAUGUCGAAAAUAAUGAUAUCAAAAAUAUAUUAAAAAAUAAUUAUCCUGAUAUUAUACAUAUUCAUAUAUGUACUAUGAUAAAUACACUUAUACGGAAUUCAUUUCUAAACGACAAUAAUGAUAAUUGGAAUUAUUUUAAAAAUUUAUUAUCAAAAGAUAAUUUUUCAAAAAUAUUUUUUAAUUUUAAAAAAGAAAAUGUAACAGAUAAGCAAAUAAAAAGAAUCAAAGAAUACAUGAACAAAGAUGAAGUGGUUUAUAAUACAAAAAGGAUCUAUGAAAUGAAUAAUAUUUUUACAUAUCUUUUUGAAUGGAUUGUUUUCAUAAUAAAAUAUAAAGAACAUCAUAAAGAUAUGUCUAAUAUAAAUAAUAUUAUAUCAUCAAAUAAAAUAAAAAAAGAAAAAUAUGAUAUAGAAAAUAAUAUUUUAUUAGAACAAAUUAUAUCAAAUAAAACAUCUAUAGUUAAUAAUAAAAAUCAAGUAAAUAAUAAAACAGAAAUAAUAGAUAACCUAAAUAAAAAAUUACAUAUUAUUAAUAAAGCAUAUUUACCAUAUCUAGAAAUUAAACCUUUCCUACAAAAAAUACAAAAAAAAUAUAUAUAUAUUAUAAAUAAAAUUAUUAAUAAUUAUAAAUAUAUCAUUUCAGAAAUUUUACUCUAUUCAUUCUUUCUAAAUUAUUCUUCAUCUUUUAAUUAUAAAUAUAGAUCCUAUUUAAUAAAUUUAUGGAUAUCUAUAAUCAAAAAUAAUUAUAUUAUAAUCAAAGAUAAUAUAAAUAUACAACAAAUAUAUACAGCUGAUACUAUCAUUUCAUUAUUUCUAUCAAAUAAUUUCCCAAGACAUAUAUUCUACGUUCAAAAUGCACUAAUAUCAUUUAAUCAUUUUAGAUGGCCUCUACUAGUAGAUAUACAAAAUAUUGGCUUACAAUGGUUAAAAAAAAGUUUUACUAAUAAUCUAGUAAUACAUAACUUUGAUGAUAAUAUAACCAAACAUCUAGACAUGUGUAUAAUAUAUGGAAAAAUACUUAUCAUACAAUAUUUCAAUUUCCAAAAUUUAUAUAUAUAUGAUAAAAAAUAUAAUCAAUCAUUUAAUACUAAUAAUCAUUCAUUACAUGAACAUUUUAAAAAUAUACCAAAAAACAAUUUAUUUAAAAAUAAAAAAAUUAUUAAAAAUAAGAAUAUUCAAAUUAAUUCAAACUAUUCAAUAAUAGAACCAUUAAUAGAACGAAACAUAUAUCUCUCAAACGGAAAAUAUUACAUAAAUAUAGGAAAGAAAAAACUUGAAUACAAUAGGGAAUUUAAAUUAUUCCUUGUAAGCGAUACGAACGACCGAUAUUUCCAAGAUAUAGAAGACUACGUUAAUGUAAUUAAUUUUAAAAUCGAUAAAAAUCUAAUCAUAAAUAAAAUUACUAACAUUAUCCUUAAACAUGAGGAAGAAAGAAAGGUUCUAAAUUUUAACACAAAAAUUAAAAACUAUUAUGAAACUAAACAAACAUUAAAAUUUUUAGACGAUGGAAUGAUAAUAGAAUUAUGUUCAUUUAAUAAUGUUGCAAGUACAAAUAACAAUAUCAACACAAUCAACCAUAACAAUAAUAAUGAUAACAAUAUAGAUAAUAAUAAUAAUAACAUAAAUAAUAAUAAUAAUAAUAAUAAUAAUAAUAAUAAUAAAAAUCUUAUUAAUGCCAUAAAUAAUAAUGCUCUUAAAAAAAUCGAAAUAAAAAAAUUAUUAAAAGAAUAUCAACAAGAAAUUAUCAAAAUAAAUGAUUCAUCUAAAAAUAUUAAAUAUCUAGGUUAUAGAUUUCAUACUAUAUAUAAAAUAUUAUUAUUAUUAUCACAACUCAAAUCUAUCUAUUAUUUUAAUUUUAAUUAUUUAUUAAAUAUAUUAAAUAAUCUAAUUAAAAAUAUUAAUAAGAAAAUGAUAAUAUGUAAUUUUAAUCAACUAAUCAAAAAAUUUACUCAUAACUGUUUUCUAUUCAUAUUAAAUUCAAUAAACAAAAAAGACACACUAUUCUUUUUAUUUAUCUUUUAUACAUCAUUAAUAUUUGAACAACAAAAAUUAAAUUCUACACAACAACAACAACAACAACAAAAUAAUAAUGUCAAAUCUAUUAAAAUAGAAAAAUAUACAUAUUAUUCUUUAUUCAUAAAAAUCAACAAUUUAUACAAUAUAAAUAUAAAUACGUUAAAUAAAAUUGAAUGGUUAAAUAUAAAAAAAAAAAGACAACUUAUAUUUAUACAAAAGGAAUAUAGCAACCUUCAAAUAUUAAUAAAUGAUAUACAAAAUAAUACUAUUGAAUAUUUUAAUUGGUAUAAACAAACAAAACCAGAAGAAAAUCUUUUCUUCCUUAAAAAAAUACAAUUAAAUACAUUAGAAAUUAUAUUAUUUAUUUAUAUUAUGCGCAAGGAUAGAUUAUUUUAUUAUAUAUAUUCACAAUUAAAAAAUUAUCUAGACUUAACGGAAACAUUGAACUUUUCUCUCCCAAGCGAUCUAAAUUAUAUAGAUGCAAAAACGUUUCUAUAUAUUACAGAACCAAACCAUUCUUAUGAUUAUAUAUUAUCAAAAUGUAACAUUAAUAAAAAUAAAAAUAAUUAUAGUUAUGCUAUAAAUCAUACCAAUAAUAAAAACAAUACUACUACCAGUAAUAAUAAUAUUACUACUACUACAACUAAUAGUAGUAAUAUUCAUAAUAAUAGUAGCUCUUUAAAAAUUCUUAGUGUUGGAAACAAUCUUAAUAAUGAUAUUCAAAUAUCCAUUGAAACUUCUUUACAAAACGGAAAAAAAUUAUUAUUAGAAAAUUUCCAUUUAAUUAAUUUUAAUAUAGAUAAAUUUUACGAAAUAUAUAAUAACAAAAAAAUUCAUUCAAAUUUUCAAUUAAUCUUAACAGCAGAAAAAUAUUUAUCUUUAUCCAUAAUUAAAAAAGCUAUUAAAAUUUAUGCACAUAAAGAACAAUUUUUGAAAACAUUGAUCUUAGACUUUUUUAUUUAUGUACACAAUAUAUACAAACAAAAAUUAAAAAAUAAUUUUAUAAACUCUUUCCUAUUUUCAUUAUCAUUUUUUCACACCAUAUUAAUAUGUAGAUGCAAUUACAAUAACUUCGGAUUCGAUCAUUUUUAUUAUUUUGAUAAUAAAGAUUUUGAAACAACAUUUGAUUCUUUAAUAUAUUAUUUUAAUUUAAUUCAACAGAAAAAUGUUUUAACCCAUCUCUCCGAUGCACAUCAGAUGGAUUCCCAAUAUUUUAAUCAAACAUCUAUAACGGAGCAACAUGAAACGAAGGAGGUUAAUAUAAACUGGCAAUUCGUAAAAGAUAUUAUCCUAAACGUAUAUUCAAGUAAAGUCGAGCACACCGACAGAAAUAUUAUAAAAAGCUAUAUCAACGAAUACUUUAAUGAAUAUUCAUUUAAUGAGAAAAACGAGUUUAUUUUUUCGGUUGAUGAAUCAUAUAAAUAUAAAUUUUUACUAAACCGUUCUAUCAAAGAAUAUAUCAAUUUAAUUAAGAGUUACCCCUUUUUCAAUAGUUGCAAAACAUAUGGAAUGAAGAUUGAAGCGGAUAAGAAGAAAGAAGAAGAACAAAAUAAAAAUCUCCUCAACAAUUUAAACAAAAUAUGUCAAGAUGAAAUUUUAAUAUACGAGAAAGAGAAUAAUGACAAAGAUAUUUUCUUUAACCUUGACAGUGACUAUUACUCAAGCUCCUUUCUAAAUUCUGAUAGUACAGAUGUUCUUAAAAUAAAAGAGCUUAAUGUAAAUGAAAAUGACCCAGUCAUAACAAAAAUAAAUAGUACAGAAACAAAUGAAUAUAUUAUAAAUAAUGAGAACAUACAUUUUGUAAAUAUUAAUAAAGACAAUAGUGAUAUUAAAACAUUUACAAAAAUGUUUAAACGUUCUUAUACAAAUAAUAUAAAUGAAAUUAAUUAUAUAAAUAAUAUAAAUAAUAAUAUAUAUAAUAAUUAUUAUUAUUAUGAUGACCUAAUUUAUGAACACAAUUUAUUAAAUAUGGACUUUAUGAAAAAUAUAAAAAAGAUGAAUGAAUUUUAUGAAUUACUCAAAAAACUUAAAUUAUUGUUUAAAGAUAACCUUAACAUAAAUUCAGAAUGGCAUAAAAAUAAUAUGACAACAAUACAAUUGUGUUGUAAAAAAGAAACUAAAAUGUUUAAAGAAAUUACAAAUAAUCUGUAUUUCGAUGUAAUACAAAUAGAACAACAACUAAAUAAAAAUAAGAAAAAGUUAGAUAUUCAUACAAAAAUAAUUAUGAUCUUUCUAUCAUUAAAUAAAAUACCACCAAAAUGGUCUAUGUAUUUUAAUAAAAAAAUCAAAUAUGUAAAUAAUUUUAUAACCUACUUUGAAAAUAUAAAAGAACAAUUAUAUUUCUGGAAUAUUACAGGGGAACUCAAAUUUUAUAAUAUACAAUAUCUAUUUUAUCCUACUCAAUUUUUUAAAGCUCUAUUAAUUAAAUAUAGUUUUAUAUAUCAAAAAAAAAUUAAAGACUGUAUUCUUAUAUGCAAAACUAAUAAUGAUUCUGACAUAAAUAAAAAGGAAAAUGUACAUACACAAAAAAAUAUUUACUAUAGUAGUGAUGAAGAUAUAGAAUUUGUUUCAAACCAAAUCAAUUAUUCAAAUUAUGUUCAUUAUGAUAUGCACAUAUAUACUGAUAUAGAUAUUGUCGGCAUAUAUACCUUGAACAACAAUUUUGAUUGUUUUGGAAUGAAGUCUAAAAAUAACAAGAAAUACGAUCAACUUCCCAUAGUAACAUUAAGUGUUAUUGAGAAGAAGGAAAAAAAUAUAUUAAAAGAUAAAAAAAUACCUCUUUAUCAAAACAAAUAUAAUAAAAAAUUAAACAAAAACAAAAAUAAUAAGUUUAUAACAUAUUUGUAUUUUAAAUCCGACAAACACAAGUCAUUCAUAUAUAUAAAUAAAAUCUACUUAUUUAUAUAUGACUAA